UCGUGGAAGUAAGUCAGCCAUCUUUGAUCGGCUUUGCAAUAAUUAGAUUUAAUCGUUGACAGGUCGACAAUAAAAUUCUUCAGAUAGUUAAAAAAAAUUGUAAAAAAAAAACAAAAAUUUAUAAGAACCGAAAGUGUUAGAAGUAAGAUAAAUUAUUGAGCCCGAGUUAUCAGUCGGUACUGGAAGUUUCGAGAGUUAUAUGAUUAUUAUUUUAUUCUCCGUCUCUGUUUAACAAAAAAUCAAACAUGGCUGCUUGAGUCCCGAGAUCCAGAAUGUUAUUAGUCAUCGGUCGGUGUUUAUGAACGCGAGUGUCAACUUGAGUCAGUCCAAAAUAGUUAUUUGGAUUUCAAAGUAUUAUUGCCUGGAAGUUCAGAAAAGCAAUAUCGGGUCCACGGGGGGACUCGGACGUAAUUUCGUAACGGGAGAAAAAACAAAGAAAAUAGCAAAUAUGCUGAGCCUGUUCACAAAUUCGUCGCCUUUCGACACUGACGUCGAAAAGGCAACGAACGAGAAAAAUACCUCAGAAGACUGGAGCCUGAUAAUGGACAUAUGCGAUAAUGCGCGCACAUCCAGUCAAAACGCAAAGGAUUGUUUGCGCUCGAUAGUCAAAAGAUUAAAUUCGCAAGACCCCCAUGUAGUAAUGCACGCAAUAACGCUUCUGGAUGCGUGUUCAAGCAAUUGUGGCAAGACUUUUCACCUGGAAAUAGCCUCUAGAGAUUUUGAGGGUGAACUACGAAAAUUGAUACAGAGAUCGCAACAAAAAAUAGUGGACAAGCUUAAAGCGUUGUUGAAAAAAUGGGCUGAGGGUGAUUUCAAAUCUGAUCCACAGCUGAAUCUCAUUCCAACCCUUUAUAACAAAUUGAAAAGCGAGGGAAUAGAUUUCUCAGGAGUUUCAGAAACAUCUAAUCGACAGUUAAAACAUUCGGGAUCGCAUGGAAGAGACGCAAAUGCGGCUGCCACAUCACAGGAAUUUGAGGAUAUAGCGAAAGCGAUUGAACUAUCCCUAAAAGAGACCAAGCAAUCUUCCGGCUCGUCCCACAGUUCGCCUUCGUCGAAAAAGUCAUCCAGUCUCUAUCCAAACGUAAAUUCAUCACUUACCGGUGCGAGUAAUGCCGAGGGAAGGAAAGUUCGUGCACUUUACGAUUUCGAAGCAGCUGAGGAUAACGAGCUAAGCUUUUUCGCUGGAGAUAUAAUACACAUAUUAGACGAUUCCGAUCCAAAUUGGUGGAAAGGCACGAAGAACAAAUCCGAGGGUCUUUUCCCAUCGAAUUUCGUCACAGCUGAUCUUUCCGUUGAGCCAGAACAAUUUAUUAAAUUAGAGCAUGGUAACAAAAAGUCCGUACAAUUCUCGGAAGAAGUAGAAGUUAAAACGGUGAAAAGAGAACCGGAGAUAGUUGAAGUCGAAAUUGAUGAGGCGAAAAUCGACAGACUUUUGCAUCUCCUACACGAGGCCGAUCCACAAUCUGACGUUAACGACCCACCCGAAAUGCUCGAGCUCGAGGAACAAGUAACAGCUAUGGGACCCCUAAUCGACGCGGCGUUGGAAAAAGUGGACAGGCGGCACGCUCAACUGACUCAAUUGAGUUCCGAUCUCGUUGACGCUUUGAAUCUUUAUCACACACUCAUGCGAGACCCUCCACAUGCUACGCCAACGGGUUACACCCUUCCUAAAAUGCCUCCGGGGCCUAUGAACGUUUAUCCAUAUCCAGGCCAACCAGCGAUGUACAACGGAAUGCCGGGACAUCCUCAAGCCGGUUACGGAGCCGGAGCACCGGGGCAUUACAAUCCCAACAUGCCUGGAAUGCCAGCACCUAGCGAAUACAUGCCGGGAGGUCCCGGAGGAAUGACGAGCAUGCCUGCGAUGCCCCACAAUUAUCACGUCCCUCCAGGUCCUCACCAACAUCCGCCGGUCCAUCCGCAGGCAGGAUUGCCUCCCGGGGUCGGUGGUCAUCCACAGGUACAUCCCCAGGGUCCACCUCAAAUUCAAGACCCUGGAGCUAUGGCCUACCAGCAGCCUCAACCCAGAUUUCCACCGCAAGGAGUCCCAGGCCCGGUGCAAUACGUUCAGCCAGUACCGCCAGGUGUCGUGCCGAUGCCGCAACAGCAGCAGCAACAGCAACAUUUGCCACAACAUCUGCAGCAACAGCAACAGCAACAGCAAUAUGCGCCAACCAACGGUCAACACAUAAUGUGAGAGACAUAAUAAUGAAAUAACAAAGAGGAAUAAUGAUUGAUAACAAAAAAUGAAAUAAAAUUUCUCGUAAUACGAAAGUGUCACCGGUGAAGCCCAAGCCACGCCUCGAGCUGUAAAAUCAUAUUAUUAUACGCAAGUUUUCUCAAAUUAAACAGCCGAUAAUAUUAACUUUUAUUCACGACCGGAUUUCGAAUGAAAUAAUUGUAAACUUACUAAAUUCAAACUUUUCAUUAAGUUCACGGCAUUGAACAUUCAGCCUGGAAUAUCCCGUGUAUAAAUAUAUAUACAUAUAUACAUAAAUAAUAUACUAAAAUACACGUUACAGCGUCACAUGAUAAUUAUUUUAAAAACAGCGGACACAGAGAUGAUAAAAAGAGCUGGGAAUAGCGGAGGAAAGAAAAGCGAGAGGUACGAACAGGUUCAAAGUAGCCAAAGAUUCAGAGAGUGUCGGCCGUUUUCGUUGAAUUUUCAAGAUGAGCGAUUACCGAAGAAACAAUUUGUACGAAAUUUUCGGAUACAUUUCGUUGCAAACUCCUUUCGUUUUUAUAGCAUUUUGUAAUACUUUUUUUUCCCCCCCUCUUCACCGUGACAUUCCAAUCGGGUUUUCAAAUAAAAAUGCAACGAAAAAAAAGAAACCGAUAUUUUUACUCAUAAACGGUUUUUAUUCACUGCAAUCGAUCAGCUCAUGCUACUAAUUGUUUCAUCACCGUUUUCCGUAAGAUAAAAACGUAACGACGAAUUGGUUAUCAUUGAUUAUUAUUCGUUAAAUACUAAAAUACGCGAUAAUUCUUCGCAUUUUACGGCGGAGUCUGCUAGUCUGUACAUUGUAAAUAAUCACGAUAUUCCAGGAUUCUAUUUCUAUUUCUCGAAAUCAUGAGGCUUAUAACAAUUGUUUUUUUUUUUCUCUUUAUUUCUUAUCAACGUCAACGCCAAGCCAGGGAACUCAAGCUCGGGUACGAAUGUAUCGUUUGAAUACUACUGUACACGUUACGUUGCCAUUAAAUUGUCAUUUGCGUAAGAAAAGAACUGAAAAAAAAGAGGAAAAAAAUGAUUUUUCAAUCCCCCUCGCGUCCUACGAAAAAUGAGAUUACGGAUCGGAACUGAAAAAAUGUUAUUCGUAGCAGGAAGAAUAAUUGCUCGAAGGAAACGUAGCGAGAGAAUCCGUUUAUUAAUUUCAUAGCCCCGUUGUAAGUUGUUUUUUUUUUUUUUUUUCAACCGAUGCAGAAUUCAACGAUUCCAUUCUAAACCGGCGAGAACGUUCUCUGCUCGGAAAGCGGAUUUGAAUCAAUAAUCUUUUACCUUUCUCAGUCGGUGGAUACUAAUGACAAACGGUUAAUAGAAAUGACGAUCGUGAUUAUUUAUUCUCGGCAAUGAACAAAUAUUCUAACGGAUUUUUAUUUUUAUUUUUUUUUAUUUUUCUAAUCGUCGCUGAAAUCGUUGAUGCUGCUGCUGCUGCAUUUUCCUGCAACUGUAAUCGAUAAUGAUCGAUUUGUUAAACGAUGUUUUUCUUGCUAACGCGUGAUCCAGACUUUCUGGGAUUUUUUGUCUGAUUGUUAAUAAUUAAAAAAAAUGAAAGUAAAAAAACUCGUUGAAAGUACAAUCAGGCAAAAAAACUUGAAUCGUAAAAAAAUCACUCUCAUCAUCGACAUAAAUGUACAUACACUUCGUUCAUCUUUCAUGUAGAAUGUAAUCGCAAAAAAAAACAGAUUUUCAACAAUAGCAUUAAAAAUAUUACAGAACA